AUGGCUCUCUUCAGGGCUUCUACCAAGAUCACCAUUGGCAACGGGGAGUUGGCCUCCUUCUGGCAUGACAACUGGUUCGGACGGGGCCUCCUCUCCCUUUGGGCACCUAACCUCUUCAAAAUUGCCUCCCGGCAAAAUCGCACGGUUGCCAAAGAGAUGAGCGAUAACAACUGGAUUCGCUCCGUCACCACGAUUAGUACGCCUACCCAGCUGGCUCAAUAUUUAGAGCUAUGGGAUAUCAUCCAAUCCAUUACCCUCAUCCCCGAGCAACCGGACUCCAUCUCAUGGACCCUCACUUCCGAUGCGACUUACAGUGCAUCCGCUUACAAUGCUCAGUUCUUCGGUGGUCACGCUAGAUUCCACUCCACGAAGAUCUAG